CGCUCUACAAGAAUAUGUUCCCUUCAUUGUGCAGCUUCACUGUGAUUUCAUUCAGCAAUGGGUCAAUUGUCAACAACAUUAAUCUUGAAUUUGCAACAGCAUCUGCUCCAAAUAAAACCCAAAUUGUGAACGUUUUGGUCCAAGCAGUUUCAAACAUCACAGUUUUCAUUAUCGACACAGAUUCAGUUGUCGUGGAUGUCACAUAUCCUGAAAAUGCAGAUGGCUUCAGAGCAUCCAGACAAGAUGAGACCAGCAUCACUCUGCAGUGGAAUAAAAUAAACAACAACAUCAGCUUUGUUCUCCAGUUUAAUGGCACAGAGACAUUCAUCAGAGCUCCAGAUGGAGAUGGACCAGUGAACCACACAGUGUCAUCUCUCACUGCUGGAACCAAAUACACAUUCACUCUCUUCUCUGAGUUUGAGAACGUUAGAAGUAGUGGAGUACAGCUCACAGCAGCCACUGCUCCUGGAAAUCCCGACGGCUUCAGAGCAUCCAGUCAAGAUGAGAGCAGCAUCACACUGGAGUGGAAUAAAAUAAACAACUACAUCAGCUUUGUUCUCCAGUUUAAUGGCAGAGAGACAUUCAUCAGAGCUCCAGAUGUAGACGAACCAGUUAGCCACACAGUGUCAUCUCUCAGUGCUGGAACCAAAUACACAUUCACUCUCUUCUCUGAGUUUAACGAUAUCAGGAGCAGUGGAGUCAACGUUACUGCAUCUACAAGUCAGAUCAGGUUAACUGGUGCUGGAUUUUCUCGAUGUUCUGGAAGAGUUGAAGUCUACCACAACAGCACCUGGGGAACAGUCUGUGAUGAUUAUUGGGGUUUAAACGAUGCCAAUGUGGUCUGUAGAGAGUUGAACUGUGGAACGGCAGUGAAGGCUACCAGUACAGCCUUCUUUGGUCAAGGAACAGGACAGAUCUGGCUUGAUGACGUGUCGUGUUCUGGCUAUGAAACUUCACUUACACAGUGUGGGCACAGAGGAUUUGGGGUACACGACUGUGGACACAAUGAUGAUGCGGGUGUCAUCUGUUCAGGUCAGAUCAGGUUAGCCGGUGCUGGAUCACCUCGAUGUUCUGGAAGAGUUGAAGUCUACCACAACAAUAUCUGGGGAACAGUCUGUGAUGAUUAUUGGGAUUUAAACGAUGCCAAUGUGGUCUGUAGAGAGUUGAACUGUGGAACGGCACUCAAAGCUACCAGUACAGCCUUCUUUGGUCAAGGAACUGGAGAGAUCUGGCUUGAUGACGUGUCGUGUUCUGGCAAUGAAGCUUCACUUACACAGUGUGGGCACAGAGGAUUUGGGAUACACGACUGUGGACACUGGGAGGAUGCUGGAGUCAUCUGUUCAGAUUCUGAAUACGGCUUCAGAGCAUCCAGACAAGAUGAGACCAGCAUCACUCUGCAGUGGAAUAAAAUAAACAACAACAUCAGCUUUGUUCUCCAGUUUAAUGGCACAGAGACAUUCAUCAGAGCUCCAGAUGGAGAUGGACCAGUGAACCACACAGUGUCAUCUCUCACUGCUGGAACCAAAUACACAUUCACUCUCUUCUCUGAGUUUGAGAACGUUAGAAGUAGUGGAGUACAGCUCACAGCAGCCACUGCUCCUGGAAAUCCCGACGGCUUCAGAGCAUCCAGUCAAGAUGAGAGCAGCAUCACACUGCAGUGGAAUAAAAUAAACAACUACAUCAGCUUUGUUCUCCAGUUUAAUGGCAGAGAGACAUUCAUCAGAGCUCCAGAUGGAGAUGGACCAGUUAGCCACACAGUGUCAUCUCUCAGUGCUGGAACCAAAUACACAUUCACUCUCUUCUCUGAGUUUAACGAUAUCAGGAGCAGUGGAGUCAACGUUACUGCAUCUACCAGUUCCAGGUCUACAUCAUCCAGGGUUUGCAAAUGUACACUGGUGUCCAAUACAUGUGAACAAACAUCAAGAUCUUAAUUACAUAAUGCAUGUUAUUACAUAUUACUCCUUGUAUAAAAGCUUAAUGUCUAUAACAAUAUAAUUACUGUGCUGUAAUAAUUUGAUUUAAACAUGUAAUAAUUAUUUUUACUUGUUGCUGAGGGAUUCACCUGGAAGGCAUAAGACAUUUAUGUUCUUGUCAAACAUUAACUGUUUGUGUGAUUUUAUGGUCUUUUAUGAGUUAAAAAAAAGAAAAAAAAUCAAUUUUGAAUAAGGACGUAACUUAUUUCUUGAGAUGCUUCUAAGCCUUGACUAACUGCUUUUAAGCUUAUAAUAUUUAUAAAGAUGUAUUCAAAGUGUGCUUAAAAUGGUGUUGGUAUGUUUCAUUUUCAUUUUAAGUCUUUAAAAUUAGAAAAUAAA